AUGGCUUACAAACAAGAAAAACAAAAACGAACAUCUGGGACUAAAAAUAGAGAAAUUAAUUCUGCGUUCAACCAGAAUCAUUCGGAGUAUGAAGACCCAAGUCAGUUGAAAGACAAAGCAAGUAAUUCUAAACCAGACGAUCAGAACAGACAAGCCCAUAAUGCCCCAGAAAAAAGAAGCGAUUACGAAGACAGAGAUUUCAGUACAAUUAACAUUGCGCAGCUUACUUCGUAUGAAGACUUCUCUCCUGAUAGAAGAACCACAAGCUCAGAAGAAAUAAGAAACGAUUACGAAGACAGAUAUUUCAGUACAAUUAACAUUGCGCAGCUUACUUCGUACGAAGACUUCUCUCCGGAUAGAAGAAGCACAAGCUCAGAAUUUAAAAGUUUGCGUGAAGUCGAUAGAAUAUUAUUCGAGCGGAUGACAAUCUUAGAAAAGAGAAUGAAAACAUUGGAAAAUCGUCAGGAUGCAGCAGAAAGAGUAAACUCAGAAGCAAAGACCUCAAAGCCCACGAAAGAAGAUUCGAAAGAAAAAGAAACACCAAUACCAGACGCUAUAAAACCGAUUAAGAGAAAAGAACGUACUCUGCAAUCGUUACUGGAUGAGCUUCACAACUGUUUCAUGGCAGGAAGAAAAUCAGAAGCAAAUUUUUGUUUGAGCGAGAUCGAGAAAUUGAUGACGUCAUCAAAUGGACACAAAGCAGCCGAGGUAACAAAAAUGGCGGAUAAAUACAUUGAUAACUCAUCCUAUAUCAAAGCUGCUAUUUUGGUUUCUUGGGCGGCUGAGCUGCAUGUUACGGACUCCGACCCUGAUAAGGCUGCACAGGAAAUCGCCGAUUGCGCUUACAAGUAUGGUCAAGUCAUCGAACAUAUGAUUGAUAUCGGAGGAAAAAUGCACACAAUAGCCAAAGACUUUGGUGUGGAUAUCAUUCUAAAAAUGCUUGGAAAUCUACGAAGCAUCACAGCAGCCGAUGCCGAGGUUAUGUUUAAAUAUGAAACCUGGACUUUAAGUAGCGUGGGUGUGUGUCAUUUAAGGUUAGGUCGCGAGUCAGAUGCGAAUAAGUUUCACCGCCAGGUGAUGGAUUUGUUUGAGCAAAAAUACAAAAGCAUGGCAAUGGAGCACUAUUAUUAUGGUACACUACUAAACAACACAGGAGUGGCUCAUUGGAAUUUAGGAAAUUGCGCCGAAGCCAAAAAAUACUUCCUGGAUGCCCUCAAAUCAUACAACGCUUCAAACGACUGGGAAUACGAAGGCAAGAAAAAGGAGGUAAUAACAAACGCUAAAGAAAUGUUGAAGCGCUUACGCCUGCGUUCUAAAGAUGAAUGAAUUUUAAUUCAAUUCCGGGGAAAUCCCGACACAGUGACUGUUUUCAAAUGAAAUGAAAAUUUCAAAACUAUUAACUAACUAUCUAUUAUAUUUGUAUUCCGAGAUCACGAUAUUUGUUGAACCAGAAAAUACAAGCCGGAAUUGAUGCUAAACUCUAAGGUUGAUCAUUUGAUUGUCUUGGCAAAGCCCGCAAACCAAAUUAGAAUGUUAUAAUCAUGUAUAAUAAUCCUUUUGAUUAACUGUUCAAGAUGAAAAGUACACUUUAAAUUACACUAUCUGCUUUAGGCUUGAACCUGGGACGUGCAAUCUGCAAUGCCAUCAUAGUCUGGCGCUAGGCCAGGGGUGUGCUACUUGCUUCGCCUUUCAACUGACUUGGGUCUUCAUACUCCGAAUAUGGUGUGGACCUUGAAUCAAAAAUAUUACAUUAUAAGAAUGGUUUUUACUCGGGAUUCCGCUGUACGCAAUGGUUCUGAAAAUACCGUCUAAAGGUUCCGCUACUUUCCAUUCGAUAGUUUAUAUCAGGGGUGUGCAAACUUCAAUACAGAAGGUUCAGAUACAAAUAACUGGGUGAAACCGCGGGCCACAUCUGCAUUUAACAUAAGCUUUUUAGUAUUUCACGCGCAAAAAUUUUGGUUAUUGAUUUUAUGACAUGCGUUGUUCGCCUCGCACAAGUACAGGUAUAACCUUUGCACCGCAAAGAAAUUGAAUUAAUCACCCGUACUAAAUAAAACUAAAUUAAAAACUCGUUCCGAUGGCCGCACAUCAUUCAAAAUUAGCACUUCUUUGCAGACAAACAAUUUUUUCUCGUUGACCGCAUUUGGUCCGCAGCCGCGGUUUGCACACUACUGGCCUAGGUCAUUGAUCUGAUGUGAACAUCAACUAUGUUUGCAUUAGAUGUUACUCAGAUUUGAAUCCUUCAAGUGUUACCAGCUUCUCACACAUGGGUAACAUAAAUGGCCAAUAAAUAUAUUGAUAAAGUCUAUAUAAAAGCUCCUAUUUUGCUUUCUUGGGCGACUGAGCCGCAUGUUACGUACUCCGACCUAGAUACGGCUGCAUAUGAAAUUGCCGAGUGUGCUCGCAAAUAUGUUAAAGUUUUCAAACAUAUUAAGGAUCUCGGUGGAAAAAUGAACCUUGGUAUGCAACACCUUGGUGUGGAUAUCAUUCUAAAAAUUCUUAGAA